AUGGUCGCCGCGUUCGACGAGGACGGAGGGUGCUUGUUCGACUUCGAGGACACCGCGGCGUCCAGGAGGAGCCUGGAGCAGGUGCGAGAGUGCCUGCGUUCACAGGACCCUCAGCAGCUGCAGCACUUCCUCCAGCGGAGCCCCUUCUGCGUGGACGGGCUCCUGACCCUCGCCGAGUACUUCCGGUCCCAGAACUCGCCAGAGCAGGCGUCCAUCCUCGUCCGCCGGGCCGUCUACGCCAUCGAGUGCAACUUCCACGCGAGCUUCUCGCCCUUCAGCGCCACCGGCGUGGGGCGAGCCUCGCAGCGGCCCCGGGUGCGGCUCCGCCUGUCGGACGACCCGAGCUGGCCCGGCUGGUCCUGGCUGCGGGCGCUGUGGCUCCACAUGCAGGGGCUGGCCGGGCAGGGGAUGCACCGCACCGCGCUGGAGGUGUGCAAGCUGCUGCUCGCCACGACCCUGCCGCGCGACCCGCUCCACGUGCUCAUCUGGUUCGACUACCUCUGCCUCCGCGCGAAGCAGCACGACGCCCUGUGGAGGCUGGCGGCGUGCGCGGUGCCCGAGUACCGCCUCCAUGGUCUGGAGCAGGAGCACCUGGUGUCGAACCUGGAGAUGGUGCUCCCCAACUUCGCCUACUCGGCGGCACUCGCCGCCUUCCUGAAGGGCGGCAGGCCUCCGGACCCCGCCGGGCUGAACGAGGUGUGCGUCGCGGACGUGGCCGCGCCCCCUCGCGCCGCCCAGGAGGCCGCCGAGGGCGGCGAGGCUGCCGACGCCCACGCCCGGCUGAUGCGGGCGCUCCUCUACUUCCCCCUCGCCCUGAGGCCGCUGCUGGAGGAGAUGGGCGCCAAGAUCCACGGCCCCUCCCCAGGCGGCUCCGCCUCGCGCGAGGCGUGGUCGGACCUCCUCGCGCGCCCGCCCUUCUCGGACGCCGCGGACUUCCAGCACCAGCGCCACGGCGCUGCGCACGGCUGCCUCUGCGCGGCGUACGCCAAGCG